UCUUCCACCUAGAUUCCUGCCGCUCCCUACUCGGUCUCCAUCAACUCCUCUCUCUUCUCUUCUGGCCUCCUCCUCCGAUCGAUCCAUCAACUGCUUGACCAGACCAUUCAUUAUUGCAUCUGCUAGCUGCGGGCCUCCGAUCCGAUCCGAUCCGAUCGAGCGAGAGGAGAGACAACUUACGACGAUAUACAUGAUGCAGGGCGGCGGCGGUGACGACGACGAGACCGCCGCCGCCGCCGGAGGCCUUGUCGACAACCACCGGCGGCGGCAGCAGCAGCAGCAGCCGCUGAUGAUGGAGAUCGGGUGGCCGACGGACGUCCGGCACGUGGCACACGUGACGUUCGACCGUUUCCACGGCUUCCGCGGCGUGCCCGAGGAUCUGCAGCCGGAGGUGGAGGUGCGGGGGGCGCCCAGCGCCAGCAAGACGGUGUUCGGCGUGUCCACCGAGUCGAUGCAGUGCUCCUAUGAUGCCAGGGGGAACAGCGUCCCCACCAUCCUGCUCCACCUGCAGCGCCGCCUCUACGACCAGGGCGGCCUCGCGACGGAGGGCAUCUUCAGGAUCACCGCCGAGGCCGGCCAGGAGCAGCGCGCCAGGGACCAGCUCAACACCUCCGGCGUCGUGCCCGACGGCGUCGACGUGCACUGCCUGGCGGGCCUCAUCAAGGCCUGGUUCCGGGAGCUCCCCGGCGGGCUGCUGGACGCGCUGCCGGCGGACGAGGUGAUGCGGUGCCAGACGGAGGACGACUGCGUCCGCCUCUGCGCCACCAGGCUGACGCCGCCCAAGGCCGCCCUCCUCGACUGGGCCGUCAACCUCAUGGCCGACGUCGCAAGGGAGGAGAAGGCCAACAAGAUGGGCACGAGAAACGUCGCCAUGGUCUUCGCGCCAAACAUGACGCAGAGCGUGGAUCCCCUGACGGCGCUCAAGUACGCGGUGCAGGUGAUGAACUUGCUCAACAUGCUCAUCGAGAGGGCGCUCAAGAAGCACCAACCAUCACCGCCCGAUCAUCCAUCGUCGUCGUCUUCCUCUGCUGCUGCUGCUCGUCCAUAAUUCAUCAUGACACAGAUCAAUCAAUUAAAGCUACCACUGAUAGAUAGACUAUUAUUUCACUCAUUCAUUGAUUGAUGUACUAUCUAUCUAGUUGCUUUGCUUGGCGUGUGAAUUAUAUUCAAGCUGACU